GUACAUCAUCUCCUCUCUCAAACGCUCCAAUAUGGGCGUUUAUCAGUGUGUGGUGAGAAACAGGAUGGGCGCUCUGCUUCAGAGAAGAGCCGAGAUACAAGUGGCAUAUAUGGGUGACUUUCUCGACAAUGACCAAAGAAAGACAGUGACACUGGGCCGGGCCGCCAUCCUAAACUCCCCAGCAGUCAGUUGCUUCCCGCGGCCACAGGUGACAUGGUUCAGGGACGGCUACAAGAUCAUUCCCAGCAACAGAGUAGCCAUAACGUUGGAGAACCAGCUAGUGGUGCUCGCCACGGCUGCGGCGGACGCCGGGAGGUACUACGUACAGGCUGUUAAUGAGAAGAAUGGAGAAAACAAGACAAGCCCAUCCAUUUACCUGAAUGUGGCAGAUUCAGAGGGCCCCGCGGACCCUGUGGCUCCAGUGAUUGUAAUCCCACCCCGAAACACUACAGUAGUGGCCGGGGUCAGUGAGGCCACACUGGAGUGUGUUGCUAAUGCGCGUCCGGUUGAGAAGCUCAGUUUGGUGUGGCGGAGAAACACCGUGGAAGUGGCCAGCGGCGUGGGCUCCUUCGGCCGGCGCUUGACCAUCAUCAACCCAACGAGUGCCGAUGUGGGCAUGUACGUGUGCGAAGCCUCACUUUUGGACAGAAGCGUGAAGCCGGCGGAGGCCAGAGCCUUCCUCUCCAUCACAGAGGCGCCCUAUUUCACCGCUGAGCCCAGGAGAAAGAUGAUGGGAGAGGUGGAGAAAAGCGUGGAUAUCCAGUGCCAAGCUCGAGGGGUGCCCAUGCCAAAGCUGGAGUGGUAUAAGGAUGCCGUGCCCCUCAGUAAACUCAACAACCCCCGCUACAAGGUCACCUCCAGCAUGGGCCUUCAAGUCAGGAAGCUACAGCCCGUCGAUGCCGGAAUCUUCCAGUGCUUCGCCAGGAACUCGGCCGGAGAGGCUCAGGUCCACACUUACCUGGACAUCACUAGUAUGGCUCCGGCCUUCACCGCGGCGCCGGUCGACAUCACUGUCACAGAUGGAGCGGUGGCCACGUUCACCUGUCAGGUAUCUGGGGCCCCUAAACCUGCCAUCAUCUGGAAGAGAGAUACUCAGAUCCUCGCCAGCGGUUCGGUGCAAAUUCCACGUUUCACCUUGCUGGAGUCCGGCGGUCUGCAGAUUCAACCGGUGGUGCUGCAGGACACGGGGAUGUACACCUGCUACGCCGCUAACUCAGAAGGAGCGAUCAACGCCAGCGCCUCCCUCACCGUAUGGAGUCGCACGUCCAUAUCCAGUCCUCCCAUGGACAGACGUGUCAUUAAGGGGACCACGGCCAUUUUGGAGUGUGGUGCCACCCACGACCCGCGUGUGGCAGUGAGGUACGUGUGGAAAAAGGAUGAGGAGUUAGUGAGCCAGACCAGAGGGGGGCGUAUCAGCCUGCAGGAGGGCUCCUUGCACAUCAGUCAAACCUGGUCCGGGGACAUCGGGGACUAUACCUGUGACGUCAUCUCUCAGGCUGGCAACGACUCCAAGGCGGCCCGUCUGGAGGUCAUAGAGCUGCCACACUCGCCUCGAAACCUACAGGCCAGCCUGAACGUCAACGACAGCCGCAGCGUGGAUCUGUCCUGGAUGAGACCCUUCGAUGGAAACAGCCCCCUACUGCAUUAUGUGGUGGAGCUUUCAGAGAACAAUUCUCCCUGGAGAGUGUAUUUGCCUGAUGUGGACCCCACCGUGACUGGAGCCAUGGUGAAGGGCCUGACUCCGGCCCGCUCGUACCAGUUCAGAGUUUGCGCGGUCAAUCAGGUGGGCAAGGGACAGUACAGCACCGAAACCAACAGAUUGACGCUGCGAGAGGAACCGCCCAGUGCUCCGCCCAAGAACAUCGUAGCCAGCGGCAGAACCAACCAGUCCAUUAUGGUGCAGUGGCAGCCGCCUCCGGAGCCUCAGCUCAAUGGAGUCUUGAGAGGCUACAUCCUCAGGUACCGGCUCGCGGGGCUCCCUGGAGAGUACCAGCAGAAGAACAUCACCAGUCCUGAGAUCAACUACUGCCUGAUCACAGAGCUCAUCAUCUGGACCCAGUAUGAGAUUCAGGUGGCCGCGUACACCGGGGCAGGCCUGGGCGUCUUCAGUCAGCCUGUCACUGAGUACACGCUGCAGGGAGUUCCUACAGCUCCCCCUCAGGGUGUGGCGGUCAAGGCAGUAAACUCAACCACAAUUGAAUUUACCUGGAAUCCACCACCUCAACAGUUCAUCAAUGGCAUUAAUCAAGGCUACAAGCUGAUGGCGUGGCCUGAACGAUCUCCAGAGAAUGUUAUCAUCGUGACCAUCACCCCUGAUUAUCACGGGACACGCCACCUCGGUUACAUCAGCGGCCUAAAAAAGUUCACCUGGUACUUGACGUCAGUGCUGUGUUUUACCACACCAGGGAAUGGACCCCGCAGUGUCCCCAAACUGGUGCAGACUCACGAGGACAUUCCAGGCCCUGUUGGUCGCUUGAGCUUUACAGAGAUUUUGGACACGUCUCUGAGAGUGAGCUGGGAGGAACCAGUGGACAAGAACGGCAUCGUUACUGGUUACCUGGUGUCCUGGGAAGUUCAGGGGAAGAACCAAUCGCGAGUGGCACGUACUUUGACCAACUCCACGUUGGACUACAAGGUCACCGGUCUGACAUCCCUCACUACGUACACGCUAGAAGUGGCAGCUAUGACGGAGGCGGGCGUAGGAACUCUAACUUCCUCCACCAUUUCAUCUGGAGUGCCACCAGAACUUCCCGGGCCUCCAUCAAAUUUGGUUAUUUCCAAGAUCAGUUCACGAUCUGCUACUCUGAAGUUCCGCGCAGGGGAUGAUGGGAAGACGACCAUCUCCAAGUGGAUUGUUGAGGGGCAGGUGGGCAGUAUCGGUGAAGAGGAAGAGUGGAAGGUGUUGUACGAGAAAGAGAAUGACCCUGAAGCUCAGGUGCUGGAGGUGCCCAAUCUCACACCGUUCACACACUACAGGUUCCGAAUGUGUCAGGUGAAUAUCAUGGGCCCGAGUCCAGUGAGCGUGCCGUCCCGUGUAAUUCAAACCCUGCAGGCUCCUCCAGACAAGGCGCCCAGCAGUGUGACGGUGCGCACUGCCAGUGAGACCAGCCUCUGGCUACGCUGGGUGCCACUGCCAGAAACUGAGUACAAUGGAAACCCAGAGAGCGUGGGCUACAGGGUCAGAGUGUUGCGAGCGGACCUGCGGGGUGAGGCCAGCACACGAUUGGUGAAUGACAGGCUGGAGAGGGAGAUCACCCUGGAGGGUCUGGAGGAGUGGACCGAAUACCAGCUACAGAUCCAGGCCUUUAAUUCCAUAGGCCCCGGGCCCUGGAGUGAGCCCGUGAAGGGACGCACGCGUGAGUCAGUGUCAUCGGGGGCUCCGGAAAAUGUGACGGCGGAGGCCAUGAGCUCCAGUCGCAUCCUGGUAACCUGGGGCUCGGUUCCUGAGCAUGAACAGAACGGCAACAUCCUCGGAUACAAGGUUAUGUACAAAGAGAAAGACUCCGAUUCGGAGGCACAGGUGAAUGUGGUUAAAGGCAACCUGACAAAGUCUGUCUUACUGAGGAACCUGCGUAAAUACGUCCAGUAUGAAAUCCAAGUUUUGGCUUUCACACGAAUUGGAGAUGGGCAGCUCAGCAGCCCCCCAGUCUUGGAGAGGACCAAGGAUGAUGUUCCCGGACCACCUAUGAGACUUGUGUUCCCGGAGGUGCGUCUGACAGAAGUGAGGGUGGUCUGGCAGCCCCCUGUGGACCCCAAUGGCAUAAUUAUGGGAUACCAGGUAGCUUACCGUCUGGAUUCUGGGGAUCCCAACCAGUUCAUCACAGUAGAGGUGGGCCCUGAUACCCGUCAGUUCACCGCCUCCAACUUGACCCCGGAGUCGGCCUACAUCUUUCGCAUCUCUGCCAAGACGGAGCAGGGCUGGGGAGCACCUGCACAGGCUGUGGUCAUAACUACUGAGAUUAGAGAGCGACCGCAGCCUCCACGGCAGCUGCGGGUGCCUCAGGACCACGUACAGUCCCGUAAACUGCAGCUCAACUGGGUGCCCGGAGGGGACGGCUCCUCUCCCGUCCGUUACUUCACGCUACAGGCACGGGAGCUGCCCAACGGAGACUGGCUCACCCAUUCUUCUGCUAUAAGCCACAAUUAUACCUCCUGGGAAGUGAACAGGCUGAAACCCUUCACUUCAUACAAGCUCAGAAUGAUGGCGACUAAUGACGUCGGAGACAGCAAGUACAGCCAAGAGACGGAUGCAAUUACCACUUUACAAGAUGUUCCUGAUGAAUCGCCCACAAUUCAAGCCGUGAAACCCUCCACGACGACAUCCGUGCUGGUGCAGUGGCAGAAGCCCAAGGAGGAGAGUGUGAAUGGGGUUCUGGUGGGCUAUCGGCUCUACUACCGCGAGCUGCAGUAUGACAGCGCACCGCAGGAGUCAAAGAGGGCCGUCAACAGCUCCUUGCUGCGCACCGAACUGACAGCCAAAAGCACUGUGAAGACUGUCAGCAAUCCUUCAUUAACCGAAUUCUCUCCCUCCGUGGCUCCUCAGAACAUCCAGAUCAACACUUUGUCAUCCACACAGCUGGAGGUGCAGUGGGAGCCGCCCCCUGCCGAGACCCAAAAUGGCAUCAUUCAGGGAUAUAAGAUUCUUUACUGGGAGAUGGACAGUCAGAAUGAAACCGAGAGAGUUAAGAUUCUCUUCCGGCCUGAAACCAACAUGAGGCUGAAGAACCUGACCAGCUACACAUACUAUAUGGUCAAGCUGUCCGCCUUCAAUGCUGCUGGAGACGGUCCCUUCAGUGAGCCCAGGAGGGGGCGCACUCUUCAGGCAGCCCCCAGCGCUCCCAGCUUCAUCAGUUUCUCCGAGGUGACCAGCAGCACUCUGAACGUGUCCUGGGGUUUCCCGCUGUCCCCCAACGGUGUGGUGGAAGGCUACAGGGUGGUAUAUGAGCCCAGCGCCCCGAUUCAAGGUGUGACUAAAGUGGUAACGGUGGAUAUCCGUGGCAGCUGGCAACGCUGGCUGAAGGUGCGUGACCUGACCAAGGGUAUGACCUAUUGCUUCCGCGUGCAGGCCAAGACUAUUGCCUAUGGGCCUGAGGCAGAGGCCAACAUCACAGCGGGUCCUGUCAAAGGGUCUCCUGGAUCUCCUGUAGAAAUGUCAAUCACAAAGACAGGAUCCAUGCUCAACAUCCACUGGACACCAGGAGAUACAGGAGCAGGACAUGUGACCGGCUAUGUGAUUGAAGCACGCCCAUCAGAUGAAGGGAUGUGGGAUACGUUUGUGCGGCACUUGCCUCCCACCAGCACCUCUCACUCAGUGAGUCUAGACCGCCUGCGGCAGGGUAUCAGCUACCAGUUCAGAGUUCUGGCCAUCAACGAGUUCGGCUACGGUGAGCCGAGUGCACCCUCUGCUGCCAUGUCAGCCCAACAGGACACCCCGUUUUAUGAGGAGUGGUGGUUUCUCAUCGUGUUGGCGUUGUGCGGCCUGAUUCUGCUGUUGCUGGUGGUUUUUGGUCUCGUCUUGCACGGACAGAACAGGAAGUACAAGAGCUGUGGAACAGGUAAAGCUGUGUCCACGGUGGAGGAGACAGUCACGCUGGACAAUGGAGGCUUCACGGCUCUAGAGCUCAACAGCAGGCCUGUUCAUGUCAAGGGUGUCUUCUUGAGGAAGAAUGGCACCAGGUCCCCUCCCCGACCCAAUCCAGCCGGACUGCGCUAUUCCGACGAAGACAUCUGUAGCAACUACAACGGCGUGGUUUCCACAGAGAGCACCGCGCUGACAGAGAGGCCUGCAGAGAUGUCAGAGUCUGAGGCCACAGACAGCGAGUGCGAAGAGGAGCCGAUCAAACACUCGUUCGUGAAUCACUACAUGAGCGACCCGUCAUACUUCAACUCGUGGAAGCGGCAGCAGAAGGGGCUGAAGCAAACACUGGCCUGUUCCUAUGAUGAAUGUGCCAGCGGGGACACCGAGUCCUACUAUCAGACAGUGGUCACGCAGCACAGCGUUGGCGGGGUCUACACCCCCACCGGCCAGCCCGCGCCAGGCUCACGGACGCCCGUCACAGGCUUCUCCUCGUUCGUGUGACAUACAAGAGGACCCGGACCCCUCUUUGCGGCUCAGACAACAUAGUUGCAGAGGAAAUUCUCUGGUUUCGCACAGUACUAUCACCACGAGCACUACAAGAGACAUCACAUGUGACCGCUCAUCGAGUUGCUGGAUCCUGAAUGUACUCGAUUAGUGAUCAAGAUCAUUAUUAAGAGAAGGGGUGAAGAAAUGAUUUUUAUAUGCCAAUACCGAAGACUAACCAGAGUUACUGUUAAUGUACAUGCCCCUCCUGUUUGCAGCCUUGGUUGUGAAAGAUGCAUAAAUGUCUGGUUUUAAUGAGCAGGACGCAACAGAAAACGCCUGUACAUGUGACGAGACAUUCUCGCUCUAAAGAGCGGCAUAUAUUCACACUUAACAUUCCUGCCCUUACCACAUUGAAAAGAACUUAAGGAAAAAGCUAAGUGAAAAACACGCUGUAAUUACUGUAUACUCUUGUCUGAAUAAUCUCAUCUCACUGUCAGUGUCGCUAUAUAUACAUGUUGCACUCGAGAUCGUAAAGGUCAUAAAAUGUAAAUUCUCUAAUGGAUUUGAUUCGCGUUCACGUGGCCUGGAUAAUGAAGCACGGUUGUUUUCAGUAUAUUCUCUAUAGACUCACCAGCAAGAAAACCUACGGAGGCUGUUAGAAGAAGCCAGACAGCUCUGGUUCCCUGCCUCUGUGUAAUCAGACGGUGAGACAGUGCCAGAUGUGUUGUGAUUUGUGCCAUUGCUCAUUCUCACACAUAUCAACAAGUUCAUAGUUGUUGUUGUUUUUAUUUGGCUUUUACUCUUCUUGUUUUGUUCCUGUCUGUUUGGCCUCGCUUAGGAACUGCAAACACUCACUUGAAAUGAUUUAAUGAACGAUAAUGAAUGAAUUGUAUGUGAGGAGAUCAGUAUGCGGUUGCUUUGCACAUCUGUUCUGCACUUUUGAGCCAUAAACAUUUCAGUUUCCUUCUUUUGAUGGAAUAUUUGCUUUUUUACAGGCUUGUAAAAAGUGUAAUUUUACAGUGCGAUUUUAGAAUUAAUUUGUAUGAAUUUUGUUGUUCACUGUAGUGUUCUUCAGAAGUGACGUAAAGUAGUUCCGUUGUUCUUUCACAAGAAGUAUGAAUUUUUGCAGUUCUUGAAAAUGCCAACACAAGAAGUACAGUAAUCAAACAAGAGUGUACUGUUAUGGAAAUGUUUGUUUCAAUCCCACCAACUGUUUUAGCACAAGUGUAUGUCAUGGGCGUUCAUGAAGUAAAGAUUUUUUUAUGAUAAAUUAAAUGUUUGUUGUUCAGUUAAAUGCCUCCAACUACAAUGUCAUCCUGAUAAUACGUCAACAUGCACAAUAAAUCAUGACAGAAAAAAAAAAGUUUCACACAGAUUUGGGAAAGCAUUUAAACAAAUCGUCACUUUUAUCACAGAAUAGACUAGCUGUAUUUUGUAUCUCUGUCAUGCCUGUUGGCUGAAUGUUGGGGA